GUUCCGUAGCAGGUGCCAUGACAACCGGCGUUUUUUAAAAAGUAAAAAAAAAAUUCUGUUUAGGAUUAAACAUUUAGAUAAAAUUCCAAAGACAUUUAAUUAGCAUAGACCGAUUUACUAAGCUGAGUUGUUUCCGGUUUUGACAAGAAAUUUUUUUUCUUAUGUUUCACAAAGUGUCAAAUUCUUCUUAAAGUUGCAUGGAUGGGGAUCGUGAUACAGUGAGCUGCAGUACCAACACCUCCAGGUGGUCCAGUCCCUGCUGUGGUUCUGAUGGUCCAGGGUAUCCAUCUGACCGUGAGGAGAGAGCUGACAGGACUCCAGAUGAGCAUCCAUUAGCCAAACUCCAGGGAUCAAAGCGAUCUGGAUACAGUCAAGGCACGAAAACCCAAGCGGUCCAGAAGCAGAAAAUGAAGCAUGAAAUCCUGAAGAUGCCUCCAAUCCGUACCAUGCAAGGUUCAAAGUCAGUGAACCUGGCCCCCAGCAUGAACUGCAUCUGGGCGCUGAAGAGCCAGGUUUGGGAUCUGCAGCAGCAGCUCAGUGAAGCCAAGACUGAGAACAAACUGCUGAAGAAAGUCCAGAACCGCCACACGGUGGCGCAGCAGCACUUCAGAGACUCAAAUGACGACAUCUCCCAGAUUUUAGCCAAGCACAACAAUGAAACCAAAGCUCUUCAGGGUUUGCUCCGUGAAACCCGCAUGUCCCGUGACAACCUGGGCAGGCAGCUGCAGGCCACAGAAAGAAAGCUGCUCAGCAUGAAGGACACUCUACAGCACCUGCAGCAGCUCAGCCAAGACCAGAGUCUACUGGACAGGGAGGAGCUCACCCUGAAGCUGGCCUGGGCCACUACACAGCUGGAGGACAGGGACCGGAAGAUACAGAACAUGGAGAGAACCCUUGAGUUGUACCAAGAAUCAUUCAAGCGCCAAAUAGACUCGGAACAAAGAAAGCUCAGAGAGGCAAGAAAAGCAUCCGUCUGUCUGCAAGACCACAUCCACCAGCUGACCAGAGAGCUCCAGCUCAGAGAAAAAGAAGUGCAGAAACAUAAUAUUUACUACCACAGGAUGGUUAAAGGACACAGCAAAAAAGCCAAAGUGAAUAAGGUGGUGCAGACGGAUAGAUCUGUCCAAACAUCAUCAGAGCUAUGGAAGAGAGAUGUUUUGGCACAUAAGGAGUCUUGAGCAAUUAAACAUCAAGUUUUGUAUCUGCAGCAUUAUAACCACCAUCUGCAAGUGUUGCUUACUGAAAGUUAAGAAAGAAACAUUUCUGAAAACACUGUAUUAGAAGACGAUCACCACGACGUAUUUUUAAAAAGAAAAUAUUGAGAGAAACUAUUGGGAAGAAAACCGAGAUGAGAGCCUAGAACACCUGGCCGAACGACAAAGAAGCCGAGGCUUUAGAAACUUCACAGCAGUUAUAAGAAAAGGAAACAGAAGAUGAAAUCAAUUUGGCCAACGUUUUGGAAACAACUCUGAAUGCAACCAUGUCAAAUAAAAAUGAAUGCACAGCUCAA